AUGUAUAAUAGCGAAACAAAUGUUGGAUUACGGGGCGAGAACAUUUGUAUUGUGCAUUACUUAGGACUUCUUGAAAGUGUUGCACCAUCUAAAGAUAAGAUUGGUUUUGCUGGAUCGGCAAAGUCGUUGGAAGGACGAAGCAGUGAGGAACGCCUAAUUGGUUUGGUUGAAAAUGCACAGUUGAAUGAUUUGCUGCACAAGGAUUCAUCCACUUCAAAGCAAGUGGCAGUACAUGUAUCGAACAAUGGAUUCAAGAUAACGGACUUAUCGUCUGGUAAUGUACUGGAUCGUGUUUCGUUGUUAUGCGUUAUUCAGUGUGUGUCAUACGAGGAUGACGAUGGGAACAGCAAUGUUGCAUUUCUAGUUCAAAAACCGUUAAGUAGCCGGCUACAAUGUCAUUUAUUCCAGACAAAAUCUAUUGCUGAUGCUGAUCAUAUUUGCGCAUUACUUCAACAGGCUUUUACCGCAGCCGUGAACAGUGCUAAGGUUCAAUGA